UAUAUCAAUGCUUCUAGUAUCUAGUUAUUAGAGAAGUGUUGUAUACUUGGGAAAUAUAUCUAUGAUGUUAAUUCCUUCUCAGUUGAACUUGGGAUCUAACACCAAUACUGUAAAAGACAAGUACUUUUCCGCCUCUGCAAUUUACUCAAGUAACCCCGUGCCUGCAACCCCUGGAAGCGUAGAAAACUCUCCAGGAAGCGCAGGAAGUCGACCGGUGUAUCAAUGCCCAUCGGCUGAUGGUCGAAUGUUUGCGCCAAAAAUGCAGUCCGAUAUUCCGGGGUUUCACAUGUACGCCGCGGCGGCGGUAGUGACCGGUCAACCCGGCUCAUCGGCUCUCAAUUCACCGGCAAGUUACGCUGCAGCUUCCGCACCAACACACAGCAUCGUUCCACCACAUUACGGCUCUCCUGCAAUUGAUCCUUCACCAUAUUACACGCCGCUGGGAUCUGGAUAUGAUAUGAAGGGUGACAUGUGGAGCGGUGGAUACAAUCAGCCUGCUCCAACAUAUUAUCAAUAUGAUACAGGAUUUGGACCGCAGUAUCCGUACGAAAGAUACUGUGGCAUGGAUAUGAACGAUGGUGUACGGCGGAAAAACGCAACCCGCGAAUCGACAAACACUUUGAAAGCUUGGUUACAAGAACAUAAAAAGAAUCCAUACCCAACGAAAGGCGAAAAAAUUAUGUUGGCAAUCAUAACAAAAAUGACUUUGACACAGGUAUCAACGUGGUUUGCUAACGCUCGAAGGCGUUUGAAGAAAGAAAACAAAAUGACGUGGAUACCAAAAAAUAGAGCAAAUGAGUCAGGCUCAGGCAAUGAAGACAGAAGGCAAAGUGACGACAAAGACACUGAUGAAAAAUCAGAAGAUGAAG